AUGUCGCAUUUUCGCUUUCAAUAUGGGCACCGGCCCAAGGAGCAGGUCAAGCCUGCUAAUCCGGAAAUUCGCCAAUACUUCAACUCGGAUCUACCAAUCUACGGCCCUUGGAAACUUUGGCAAACCAAGCCAGAACUUCCUUCGACCGAAGAGAUCCUCGGGACAGAUAUACCGGGAGACGUCGUCGCUCUUGCCCCCAAUUGCAUUUCAGGACCCUGGGUUUCUAAAGAGGAAUACCUAGAGGCCCAUUAUGCAUUGAUCCGAGAAGACUCAGUUGCACCACUUCGAAAUGCUGUGGCCCGGGUUCGCGCUGAUCCUUUCAUGAAAGAUACUCCGGAUAUUUCUAUUUAUGAGAAGGUCUUCGUUGUCGGUGUUACCCUAGCCCGCGCGGGUUUGGCGUUGCACAUCCAAUUCUCUACUCGCCGCGCGGGCAAAAACAUUGCCUGGACAUACUCUAACCGGCUUAAUCCUGGGGCAGUUGUUGCCCUAUCCCCCAAGAACAACGCAUUCUCGAGCAAAUGUGUCGUCGCCGUCGUGGCUUGUCGGCUGCUGGAAGGGGUUGAGAAAGACCCUCCCGAGGUUGAUCUAUUUUUGGCCUCGCCUGACGAUAUUGAGGUUGACCCACAGCAAGAAUGGGUCAUGGUUGAGGCUCGAGCGGGAUAUUUCGAGGCAAAUCGACAUACCUUGACAGCACUGCAAAAGCUGUCAAAGGAAAGUUUUCCAUUGAACGAACAAAUCUGCAGUUUGGUAAGCGACAUUGAUCCACCGGGAUACAUUAACACCGCGCCGUGCAUGGACUUCACACCGUUGUCUGAAUCCUCUGCACUCGAUAUCACCGGAAAGUAUGACAUCAUCGAGCGAUGGCCAUCACAGCCAAUGGGAAAACUAGAUAUAUCCCAAUGGUCAGCUCUGAAUCGAAUGUUGACUAAAAAGCUGGCUAUCAUUCAGGGCCCUCCUGGAACAGGCAAGACCUUUACCUCUAUCGCUGCUCUGAGAAUGAUGCUCUCAAACAAAGGGCCAAUGGAUCCACCGAUAAUCAUUACUGCUCAGACUAACCAUGCUCUCGAUCAACUGAUCAAGCAUAUCUCGGUUUUCGAGAAGAACUAUGUCCGGCUAGGUGGAAGGACUUCCGAUCCUGAAAUCCGCAAGCGCACACCUUAUGAGAUCAGACAAAACCAGGGCCUAUUGACAAUUGAGGGAGGUUUGAUGACUCCAAUGAGAAAGAAACAGAACAAAAUCGCGGCCGAGCUUGAUAAGCUCCUAAAACCACUUGCACCAUCAGGUAACAGCAAGCCUCUUGCAGCAUCUCUAUUUUUGGAGCAUGGUCUUUUAAGCCAAGAUCAGGUUGACUCCUUGCAAGAGACUGCAAAUAAAUGGCAGCAAUUCAACACCCCCGCAAAUGCCGAUCCUUUGGCCGCUUGGCUUGCAGACUCUGUGAGAGAGUUUGACUCCGAAUACGCUGGUGACUUCGGGUUCAUUGAUGAUGAUAUUGACCUGGAGUAUGAGCAACUCAAGGAGAUUGAAGUCGAACACGGAAGAUAUGAGGAUGACUGGUCGUCUUUCAGAACACGCUUUUCCCCAUUGUCGCCUGGUCUUUGUAGCUCCAACACCGCCAGAAUCUCUCGGGCAACGGUUGAAAACUUGCUGAAAGAGAAAGACUUUUACAAGAUUCACAAGAGAUAUCGCGGUGCCAUUUAUGACUACCUGCGUCAACAGCUGAUCGCUAUUCUGGGAGAACAUGUGCAACGCCUUGCUCAAACUUACCAAGAUUGCUCUGCUAAUUUUCAAAUUGGUAGAUUUGAACGGGACUACUGUAUUCUCCAAGAGGCAAAGAUCAUCGGUAUGACUACCACUGGUCUGAGCAAAUACAGAGGACUAGUCUCAAGUUUGCAUCCCCGGGUCAUCUUGAUUGAAGAGGCAGCAGAAGUACUUGAGGCCCCAGUUGCAGUUUCUUGCCUUCCAUCACUUCAGCAUCUUAUUCUUGUUGGUGAUCACCAGCAGCUCAGGGGUCAAUGUGCCGGCUAUGAUCUCUGCGGGGAUCCUUUCAACCUUGACGUCUCUAUGUUUGAACGCCUAAUAAAGAAUAAAAUGCCAUACGCCAUGCUUCAAGAGCAAAGGCGAAUGGUCCCAGAAAUCAGAAAGCUCGUGGCCCCCAUGUAUGGGGAUCUUCUUCGUGACCAUCCGUCUGUUGAGGAUCACCCUUUGGUUCCUGGUAUGGGAGAUAAACGAUCCUUUUUCUUCGACCACACUGCGCAUGAAAGCAACGACAGUCUGCUGUCCAAGGUAAAUGACUUUGAGGCAUCUAUGGUGGUUAAUCUCCUUGCCUACCUUGUAAUGAACAAAGUCCCGCCAGCAAGUAUCACGGUCCUGACGUUCUACAACGGUCAACGCAAGUUGAUCAUGCGAAAGAAGUCACAGAAUCAAAAUGUCUCCAAAGAAUAUGUGAAUAUACUGACCGUCGACUCAUACCAAGGAGAAGAGAACGAUAUUGUCCUUCUGUCGCUUGUUCGAUCGAAUGAUCAUCGAGGUAUCGGCUUUCUCGCACAAGACAACAGAGUCUGUGUUGCCUUGUCCCGCGCUAAAUACGGUCUUUACAUAUUUGGAAACGCACAAUGUGUCAGCAAACAUAGUGAUUUCUGGUAUGCAGUUACCAAUGUGAUGUCCGAGAACCACCAAGACCUUCGCAUCGGCCGGGCUCUGCCUCUGUAUUGUGCAAGACACAACCAAGAAACCCUCAUUGAAAAUCUCAAGGACUGGAACGCUAUCACCGACGGUUGUAACAAGCCUUGUGGCAAAGAUUUACCAUGUGGACAUCCAUGUCCCCGCAAAUGCCACGGUUCUGAACAUGACUGGGUCUCUUGCAAACAGCGCUGCCGUGAAAUUCGCGAGUGCUGCAACACACCCUGCAUUUGCGUGUGCUCUCCACCGCACACUCAUGAUUGCUUCUGUGGUAUGGGCAAGGACAGCAAAACUCAGGUCUUUGAUGCCGGAUCCGAUUGGGAUGACUUUGAUCGCGAUGAUGAUGAUCGCGACGAAAGGGUGGGUCCCAUACCCCGACCCCGAGCCCUAACCCGCGCUCCUACCUCCACCGCAGACGACAAUGCAGCGCGGCGUGCCGAGGGUGUGCGCCGAUGGCAGGAGUUUGCGCAGGGUGGAGCUGAGUUGGAUGAUUAUCGUCGAGCUGGGCUCACGGUUGGAGGGAAACUUCCCCAGAAAGAUGCGACACCGGUCAAACAGGGCGUGGCUGCUCCGGUAGAAGGAAUCCUGAUCGACUUCGACGACAACGAUAAUCUUCCAGCCGCAGUUCCAGGUACAGAGGAAAGCCAGCCUACUGCCCCAGCUAUGGAAGACAUGCUUACUUAUGACGGGGCUGGUGAUGUCCUGGCUGAAACUAUGAUUGAAUUGCAAGACAUGCUUCCCAUCUCGCCUGAGAAAGACCUCAUGACCUUCGACCAAGAUGAUCACUCUCGAGCCGAGGGUGUUAGUCCAGAGAAAAACCAACUUCCUGCCGCGGUUCAUGAUAACGAUAAUUUGGCCAGCAGUUCUAGUCUAGCUUACAUGUCGCUCACUCCUAGUGUCAUGGAAGAUGUGACCCCUCCCGCGGAGGGGCAGUUGAUUGAGCUGUCCUAG